UGUUUGUGUUGUCUUCCUUCUGAAAUGCCUAUUUCUUUUUGUCCUGGGACUACCUAAUCUUAUAUAACAUAGUAAAGAUGUAACAUCAGUAUCCUGUCAAUGCUUGAUGAUCAAAGUUCUCUGUAAAAUUGUAUGAUAAUAUUUUAUAUUUUAAGUGUUUGGAAAGAAAACAUAAGAAUGAAAAAUGAAUGAAAAAACAUAGAAAACACAAGUCUGUACUGUGGAGAUGCAUCUCCCACAAACUUGACUUUUUUGGCUUUGAGGAGAGAGACCAUGUUUGGAGGGUCUUUUGUCAGUAAUCUUCUACAAUAUCUGAAGUAUGGUUUUCCAACUAUUUUCAUGCAAUUAUGCAGGUGCCACCUUCAGGAAGUAAUUACUAACUACUAAGUCAGCAUUGAUUGAUUGAUUGCAUUUAUAUAGCGCCUUUCAAGAUACCCAAAGCGCUUUACAGUUCAUUAUUCAGUCACUCCACACUCAGUGGUGGUAAGCUAUUAUUGUAGCCACAGCUGCCCUGGGGCAGACUGAUGGAAGCGAGGCUGCCAAUCUGUGCCAUCGGCCCCUCCAACCACCACCAUCUCUCACACACACACCACUUUCAUACUAGGCAAUGUGGGUGAAGUGUCUUGCCUAAGGUUAAAACAACAGGGUUUUUUUUUUUGCCACUGGCACCCCACUGUGGCACCUGGAAUUCCUAGCAGUCUUCCAUCCAAGUACUAACCAGGCCCAGGCUUAGCUUCUGAUAUCUGAUGGGAUCAGGCUUUGACAAGCUGGUAUGGCCACAGUUGAGUUAAGUAAAGACAUUUGAUAGAAAUGGCGUUUUCCACAUGUUGUUUCAUGUUUAAGGCUACAGCUAGCUAGACUGUAAAUGCAUAAACAUGGUACUCCCACAAGAUUUAGUCUAGUUUACAAAGAAACAUGAUUUUUUUUAGACUGCAUAAUAACUCAUCUAGAGCACAACAAUCAAAGGCAUGAUGGAGACUGGAGUUAUGUGGUAACAAUGCCCAUGAUGCAGUGAUUUAAUAACAUUUAAUAUUAAUAUUAUUAAAAUUAUUAUUAAACCUACAAACCUAAAUGUUUUGAUAAUGUGGUGGUUUUUUAAAAUGUACUGUAAAUAGACAAAAACUCUACCUGCACUGUAGAUUGAAGCAGUUAAAUAAUGCAACUAUCAGAGGUGAGUGCUCAGAACUGCAUGGUGGAUCACCACCACAUGACAUAACACAGUGCAACCCUGAGUGUUUUAAGCUGUCAUGAGUGAGACAGCCUAAACAAGCAGGCGUAGACACAACACACAACUACAGGUAUGUUAUUGAUGAGGAAACAAUGUUCUCUCGGUUUCGCCUAAAACAUUAAAAUUGUAAAGCAUCAAAAGUAUUUGUGUUGACUGUCUCUGUGUGUCUGUUUGGAGCCGCCGUGUGACUGCUGAGGCACUGGCUGGCACUGACCUGAAGUGUGCAGACUGUCUUACAUUAUUAUCUGCUUUGUUUUUGUCCGUUUGUGUUUUGCAUGACGCUAACAUGACGCUUAUACCGGACAUGUGCUUUUUGCAACAGUUGGCUCAGCUCCAGAAAGAAAAAUCUGAGAUUCUGAAGAACCUGGCACUCUACUAUUUCACCUUUGUGGAUGUGAUGGAGUUCAAAGACCAUGUCUGCGAGCUCCUCAACACCAUCGAUGCCUGCCAAGUUUUCUUUGAUAUUACUGUGAACUUUGACCUCACAAAAAACUACCUUGAUCUGGUGGUGACUUACACUACACUGAUGAUCAUUCUCUCUCGGAUUGAGGAGAGGAAAGCCAUCAUUGGACUUUACAACUAUGCUCAUGAGAUGACCCAUGGAGCCAGUGACAGAGAAUACCCACGCUUGGGCCAGCUGAUCGUCGACUAUGAAAACCCUUUGAAAAAAAUGAUGGAAGAGUUUGUCCCACAUGGGAAGUCUCUGUCAGAUGCCCUGAUCAGCCUGCAGAUGGUCUAUCCACGGAGGAACCUUUCGGCUGACCAGUGGAGGAACGCUCAGCUGCUGUCACUCAUCUCUGCCCCAUCCACCAUGUUGAACCCUGCCCAGUCCGACACGAUGCCUUGUGAAUAUCUGUCUUUGGAUGCUAUGGAAAAGUGGAUUGUUUUUGGUUUUAUCUUGUGCCACUCAGUGCUGAACAGUGAUACAGCCGCACUCUCUCUGUGGAAGCUGGCUCUGCAGAGUUCCACCUGCCUAUGUUUGUUCAGAGAUGAGGUUUUUCACAUCCAUAAGGCUGCUGAGGAUCUGUUUGUCAACAUCCGAGGCUACAACAAACGAAUCAAUGACAUCAGAGAGUGCAAAGAACAGGCCCUGUCCCAUGCAGGCUCCAUGCACAGAGAGAGGCGCAAGUUUCUCAGAUCUGCUCUGAAAGAGCUGGCCACUGUCCUUGCUGAUCAACCUGGACUCCUCGGGCCUAAGGCUCUGUUUGUGUUCAUGGCCUUGUCUUUUGCUCGUGAUGAGAUCAUAUGGCUGCUUCGACAUGCAGACAACAUCCAAAAGAAAAGCACUGAUGACUUCAUAGACAAGCACAUUGCAGAGUUGAUUUUCUACAUGGAGGAACUCCGAGCUCACGUCAGGAAAUAUGGCCCUGUCAUGCAGCGUUACUAUGUGCAGUACCUGUCUGGUUUUGACGCUGUGGUGCUCAAUGAACUGGUGCAGAACCUGUCAGUGUGUCCUGAGGAUGAGUCCAUAAUCAUGUCUUCAUUUGUCAACACUAUGACUUCUCUCAGUGUUAAACAAGUGGAGGAUGGAGAAGUGUUUGACUUCAGAGGCAUGAGACUGGACUGGUUUAGACUGCAGGCAUACACAAGUGUCUCUAAAGCAAGCCUGGGUAUUGCUGACCACAAGGAGCUGGGCAAAAUGAUGAACACUAUAAUCUUCCACACCAAGAUGGUUGACUCACUUGUAGAGAUGCUAGUGGAGACAUCAGACCUAUCAAUUUUCUGCUUCUACAGUCGUGCAUUUGAGAAAAUGUUCCAGCAGUGUUUAGAGCUGCCAUCUCAGAGCCGCCACUCCAUCUGCUUCCCUCUGCUCUGCACACACUUCAUGUCCUGUACACACGAGCUCUGUCCUGAGGAGCGCCAUCACAUUGGGGAUCGGAGCCUGUCUUUGUGCAACAUGUUUUUAGAUGAGAUGGCUAAACAAGCCCGAAACCUGAUCACAGAUAUCUGCACAGAGCAGUGUACACUCAGUGACCAGCUUCUUCCAAAGCACUGUGCGAAAACCAUUAGCCAAGCAGUGAACAAAAAGAGCAAGAAGGCCACAGGAAAGAAAGGCGAGCCAGAGCGGGAGAAGCCUGGAGUUGAGAGCAUGAGGAAGAACCGCCUGCUGGUCACAAAUUUGGACAAACUCCACACUGCACUAUCCGAGCUCUGUUUCUCCAUCAACUAUGUGCCAAACCUGGUGGUGUGGGAACAUACCUUCACCCCCAGAGAGUAUCUGACCUCCCACUUGGAGAUCCGCUUCACUAAGUCUAUAGUGGGAAUGACCAUGUACAACCAAGCCACUCAGGAAAUAGCCAAGCCCAGUGAGCUGCUGACCAGUGUGCGAGCCUACAUGACUGUCCUGCAGUCCAUUGAAAACUAUGUGACCAUUGACAUCACCAGAGUCUUCAACAAUGUACUGCUGCAACAGACCCAGCACCUGGACAGCCACGGAGAGCCUACCAUUACCAGCCUGUACACUAACUGGUACUUAGAGACUUUGCUGCGUCAGGUCAGUAAUGGACACAUCGCUUACUUUCCCGCCAUGAAGGCCUUUGUGAACCUGCCCACUGAAAAUGAACUCACCUUCAAUGCUGAGGAGUAUUCAGACAUCUCUGAGAUGCGUUCACUGUCCGAGCUCCUGGGACCAUAUGGUAUGAAGUUCCUCAGUGAAAGUCUUAUGUGGCACAUCUCCUCUCAAGUCGCUGAGCUGAAGAAACUUGUGGUGGAGAACAUGGAAGUGUUGACCCAAAUGAGGACCAGCUUUGAUAAACCAGAGCAUAUGGCUGCCCUCUUUAAGAAGCUCACCUCUGUGGACAGUGUUUUGAAGAGAAUGACCAUCAUUGGAGUCAUUUUGUCAUUCCGCUCUUUGGCUCAAGAAGCUCUCAGAGAUGUCUUAUCAUGCCACAUACCCUUCCUGGUUAGUUCAGUGGAAGACUUCAAAGAUCACAUUCCAAGAGAAACGGACAUGAAGGUGGCCAUGAAUGUGUAUGAGCUGUCUUCUGCUGCCGGUUUGCCCUGUGAAAUUGACCCUGCCCUGGUUGUGGCUCUGUCAUCACAGAAGAGUGAGAACAUCAGUCCAGAGGAGGAGUACAAGAUCGCCUGCCUGCUCAUGGUGUUUGUAGCUGUGUCUCUUCCCACUCUAGCAAGCAAUGUCAUGUCACAGUACAGCCCUGCCAUUGAGGGACAUUGCAACAACAUCCACUGUUUGGCAAAAGCUAUUAAUCAGAUUGCUGCUGCACUCUUCACCAUCCACAAGGGGAGCAUCGAGGACCGACUCAAGGAGUUCCUAGCGCUGGCCUCCUCAAGUCUAUUGAAGAUUGGCCAGGAGACGGACAAAAUGACUACACGGAACAGGGAGUCUGUGUAUCUGCUACUGGACAUGAUUGUGCAGGAGUCUCCUUUUCUUACCAUGGACCUGCUGGAGUCCUGCUUUCCCUACGUUCUGCUGAGGAAUGCUUAUCACGCUGUGUACAAGCAGAGCAUCAGCGCUAAUGCGUAGAGACAACCCACACCCUGACUGACAAAUCUGAUCACCCCCACUCCUCCCUGGUGUGACUAGCGACACUAACCAUUUUCAUUUAAUAAUAUAUUAAUUGUCUAAGAAUUUUUUGAGAAUCUAAUGUGCAAUGGUUGUGACAUCUACUCACAAACUCUACACUACUUCCGCGAGUUUGUGUUCAAGAUGGUUGGAUUUUAAGAGAAAGUUGUCCUGAAUGCAGCUAAACACCAACACUAAAAUGCCCCCAGCUUUUACCUCAGACAUGACCAAGAACACAACUUCCGUCAAAUUUACUUUUAUUUUAGCUGUUGCCUGGGACCACUGCGACAAUGGCAGUAGCACAAUCUAAACAAUAUAAAUGUGGUAUAUUUAUAAUUAUCUAUAGAUAUAUAAUUGUGGCCAUCUAAUAACUUUAUGUUGACAGAUUUGAAUGCCACAAAGAUGGACUUUUUGCUGAUGACAGGUGAUAUCUGUGUUGAUGAGACAUAAUUCUUGUUGCUGCAAAUUAGCUUAUUACAUGGGCAUCUUUUCAUUUAUAAAUACUUUUAACGGUAAUAUUCCUACAUUUUGUUACGAGUGCACAUUUGUAUAACAGUGGUGUUUUUCUUGCUAGCUGUAACAUGAACUUUUCUGUGGGUAAGAUAGAAAUUUGCUUUGAUGUGAAAUGUCUGUUCUCAAUGUUUGUUUUUUAUUACCAUUUGCCAAACAUAAAUGACUCAUGCCAGAUAAAUGUACAGCUAUAAAACAUAUGGUCUGCACAGUGCUGUUAAGCUUUUGCACCCUCCUGGAUAACUAGAUCUGUAUUGGUUUAAAGCUAUUCAAUCUGCCUGGGCUGGUGUGAAGUUGUUCUGGAGUUGUUUAUACCCUCCAGAAAUCACAUGGUAGCUUGAUCACUCUCAAAUCUUCAUCUCACACUACACAAGAGCAGUCCUCUAAACUUUUUUUUUUCCUUUUUGACAAUACCUGGCAGUUAACAGAUGUCCUGGUAUGUUGGAUAACUCUAACAAAUGUGAUCUAAACUGCAUUUGUAUUUUACACUGUUUCACGAUUGAAACACUAAAGUCCUGAAGGGUGCAAACAUUUUUUUGACAUCAAUGUAGGUGUGCAAGUAUCCAGGCUGCAUGUAUCCAGUGUUGGGAUGCUGGAGCUGGUCCACAGAGGACUGCUCAUUUUCUAGUUUCUGUGACUCCUGUGUAAUUGAACUGAAUCAAAUAAAACGCAGUGUCAGACUA